AUGACUUCGAGUGAGUUCGAUUUACUGUAUAAAAUCCUUAUCAUCGGCGAUUCUGCAGUUGGCAAAAGCUCUAUUCUUCUCCAGUUUUCCGAUCAGACAUUUAGUGACAAUUAUGUCUCAACAAUUGGCGUCGACUUCAAAAUUCGUACUUUAGAUGUUGAUGGAAAGCAAGUAAAACUCCAAAUCUGGGAUACCGCCGGACAGGAGCGUUUCCAAUCAAUCGUUUCUAACUAUUAUCAUGGAUCUCACGCCAUUGCAUUAGUUUAUGACAUAACCGAUCGCAAAUCAUUUGAAAAUUUACGCAAAUGGGUAUCAGAUGUUGACAGACUCGCAAACAAGCAAGUAUGCCGCAUAAUUGUAGGAAAUAAAACCGAUUUAAGCGAUAAACGCGCUGUUCGUCGUGAUGAAGGCCAAGCAUUCGCUGAUUCUCUUGGCGUUCCAUUCAUCGAGACCUCUGCUAAGACAGCAAACAAUAUCCAACAGUUAUUCAUUCAAAUGUGCCAAGCUGUUUCAAGAAAGUUCGGACUUCAAUCUCCACGCGACCAAGAACUUGACCAAUGGACACUUAGACCUGGCCAGUCUGUCGGAAAGAAGGGCUGCUGCUAA